AUGGAGAUCCCUUGCGAGCUGUUUGAGGUCGCAAUUUUUAGUUUUUAUUGUUACACCCACAAGAAUGAUCACAAGUGCAACUAUUUUCCAUUCUAGUCAUCGGAAUCUAAACAUUGUAGUCACGGAAACUCUUGAUAUUUUAGGCGUCAUAGCUCACUUUCACUUCUCUGACUUUGUCAAAGCUGAACUCUUUUCGAGUGUUCCGUCGCCGAGCAACCCGUUCCCUCUUGACUUUUCCUUCCUGUUCCGUUCCCAUACACCCCUCUUUGAUCUCCCGGCCGUUCCCAUCCGAUUCUGCACAAAACCACCGUGUUCUCAUCAUUUGCAUUCUGAAACUUCCGAUUCCAGAUUAUAUAAAAGGCUACCCCUGAGCGUGCCUUUUCAGUUUUUCCGGCCUAGCCAUGAAGUGUUUUCUGGCCGUCUCGGCGCUUUCGGUCUCGUCGCCUUCUUCGCUUCCACUGCCGUCGGCUCGAUCAUCUGGACGAGCAGCUCCAACAAUUGCACCUGCAAACCGAUCAACUCCCUGUUCAGUAGGCGACAUUUCGCUCCUGAAUUCCAUAGUAAAAAUGUUUCAGUGGGACGUUUCUCUGUCAAUGACAACCGUUGCGAACCGGACGCGGCGUGCCGUCAGCCGACCUCCAACAACUACAUGAUCAUCUUCUUCCCGCCAGAAUACCGUCCACCACACGGCGACAAAAUGGCUGUGAGUCUAUGAGUCCCAGAAACUCAAAAGAAGGAGGCUUUCAGUUGGCGCUGCUCGCCGGAAGAAAUGCUCCAUUCAAGUACGGUCCGUUCAACGUCACCGAAGCAUUCGAUCCGAUCUGCGUCAACGGAACGUGGUAUGUCCAGAAGUUCCCGUUCGAGAUCCAGUACACUCGGAAUGACAACUACCAACAGGAGUUCAUGGACCCGACGGAUCUGAACAACAAACGACUGAAGCACGAGAUCCGAAGCGUCAUGUGGUAAGCAUUGCCCAAGUUUUAGAAUUGUUUUUCUUCUGUUUCAGUGGCGCAUAA